AUGGGUAGACACUGUGAGUUUAAAAGAAAAAGCUGCCAGGCCUACAAAGCUGCAGGAGAAAGAAAGUCUGGAUUGUAUAAAAUCAUUGAUGACCGCAAUCAAUCUUUUCAAGUGUUCUGCGACUUUGAUUCAGAACCUGGGUUUGCAUGGAACUUGAUCCAGUCGUUCAGCUUGUCCCAAAAACAGGUAAAUUGUAAAAUACAUUAAGUUGACAGGUCAAAGGGAAACCAUGAUGUAUUGUUACAUGUUGGUGCCCUUUAUUCUUCACAGAGGCUCGUAUGUUUUCUUUUUCUGUAUCAAAUCAACUUCUACAGCUAAACGACCAACUGCCCCAAAUACUGGCAACUUAAAAAACUAAAAUGUGAGUACGUUCGGGCUUGCUGACCAUGACAGUUACGAACGCACUUUCUAAUGUCUCAAAGUAGUUUACUGUUAAUCAUUCAAUUGGAAUAAGCAAACCUUUGUCAAGUACAGGAAAAGCAAUGACAGCUUGACAACUAAUCCCAAGAGGCCCUACCUUCAAAAACAAAAAAGAACACAAGAACUCUGAUGUAGGUAACAAUCAAGGUCAACUAUAAUCCCAAAACGUGCCCACUUCAAGAUCUGACACUCAUAUUUAAUAAACGACACUUAUGUUGAAAACCCGCUUUAAAAUUUAAGAAAAUUUAAAAACCUGUCGAUAGAAAUACGCAUUAACCUUUCUCUACAAACCUAAUCAUAACGAGCUCGAGACUCUAGGCACGGGUGAAACAUAAAAGCAACUCACAAUGAAAUCUUUAAAACAACCAAGAAAAUGGUACACAACAGUAUCACCAGAUCCAUGCCCCUUAAAGAGGAUUUGAGAGAUCUUCAUGGUAUCAGAAUUUGUACCAGGUCUUAUAACAGGUCUUGUACCAGGUUUUAUAACAGCAUUACAUUAAAUAUGUAAAUAAAUAUAUAAAAAUGUUAAAUUGAUAGAAUUUAAUAUAACCGAGAUUACGAGGUCAAAGACAGAGGUGAUUUCAGCUAAGAGAUAAAAUAAUUUUUAUUUCUAGAAUAUUCUUUUUUUCUGACUACACUGAAGCAGUCAGCGGCGAUCACCCAAACUGGCAUGCGUACCUGAUCCGGCGUAAUUACUUUGAAUGGCUUGGGACCCAGUCUACUCACUGGCGAGCUACCUGUCGCUAUGAUACCGACGGAGUUGUGUACACAGAUUACAUGCGGACAUCCCUUGCAAACUGCAACGUACUGACCUUGCCGACAAAUUUCUAUGGUCAGUGUUUUCAGUUCGAAUUUAUAAACAUCAGGGGGCAUGAAUGUGUUGAUUGUACGGUGCCCCUCUGGCAAAAUAAGGGCGUUUGGCCUUUGCACACAGAUACGUCUUUCCACCUUUGCGAAUUCAAUGGCAAACAAGGUGCGCUUAACAGCGAAGAUAACUUUGGUUUUUACGGGGUUGUAAAUUCGCAGCAUCGCUGUUCGAACAAUUCUCUUUCUACAACUCAGUUCUGGUUGGGAGGCCAGUAAAAAAGGUAACCUGUGACUUAGUUCACAAUAAUUGCUAACAUGCUUCCAGUCUUGAACGACGAGUUAACGCAGACCAUAAAUAAAAAGCUAGCAUGGUAUAUGCGCCGAUAGAGUAGAGAAGUGAUGACGUCACGAAAACUUAAUUUGAGAAAUUAUUGGAUCGGCUGGGAUAAUCAGAAAGUGUCCAUUUACCAAAAUUCAGUUUGUUCAAGCAAAUUGGCCGUGAUUUAGUGGGUGCUUGCCUUAAGAAUUCGGUCGAAAUAUAAAAUAAUUAAAAAUAAGGUCUUUAUUGAUUCCAAAGACAAACGUUCCUGAUUACAACUGACAAUUAAAUAAAAUCAAAAAGACACCAAUUAAUAAAACAGUGUUUAAACGUUCAGUCCUAAUUUGAGGAAGUACAUAGGAGUCACCACGAUUACUUAGUUAAGUUGUUUUACUGGGUGGAAGGAGAUCUGCCAAAGGGCCCUCAGCAGAAUUUGUGAUGUUCUUCCAAAACUUAUUAUCUAAGGCCUCUAGAAGGCUCAAAAUGGACGUGGCCUCUUGAGAAAGCCAAAACGAACUGCUCUCUUCUGCAACUUAUCAAUUUUAGAAAAAUACUUAUAACUGGGUCAUAACUUGCUACACCCCAUACUGAAAUGCCAUAAGUAAAAAGAGGUAUAAUCAGACUGUGGAAGAGGUGGUGUAAAGAGUCUAGACUAUAACCAUACUUCUUGCACACUGGUAAAUAAUAAAUGGAACGGAUCGGUCCGGCUGGAAAUUUUCCGGAAAAAGUGGUUUACCCUUGAGAUUUUCCUUCCGGUCAGACCGAAACUACCGUUCCAUUUCCAAAAAUUUCGUUUCCAUUCCCACUUCGCUGAGAAACAAAAUUUCGGUCGAAAAGUAAAGGGAACGCUUAAGCCCAGUUAGAAACUUUGUUUUAAGCGAAAAGUGUUGUUCUAUAUUUUUUUUUCUUUUGGUUUGUUUCGAUGAUUUCUGACCGGUCGGUUGGGUAGGAUGGAAAGUAUCCAUAAACAUUAACGUUAUGCCCGGAUGAUACCAUGCAAAUUCUGAAAUUGGCUUGAAGCGUACCUUUUACGAUCCAGGUCAAUUCCAGAAGGAUUUGUAUGGAAUCAUCGUAGCAAAACGUUACUUAUUUCUCACCACCAAUUUGCUCCAACCAGCUGAAUUUCGGGGAAUUAACAAUUAAUUCUCGAGCGACUGGAUCGGACAUGGCAGGCAUGUAAACGUGUCUUUUGGGGCUCCUCAAAUAUUCCAGUACAGUUAUGCCAAUUUCUGGCUCAUCCUCGGUGUAAGAACCUGUUAAACUCACCGGUGACGUAAAACAAAGAAAACAAAGAAGUCAACACAAUAAAACCUAGAAAAACAAAAGGUACAAAACAAAGAAAAAGUUCACAGGUUCUUACACCGAGGUAAACCCCAAUUUCUUGUUGAUCUAGUUCAUCAGCGGCAUAAUCAACAGCUUUUUGCUGGCUGCUGUUUUAAGCUCAUCACUAAGUGUUAGUAAUUCUCUUGUGUAUAUGUCGCUGUUUUAUAUCUUAUUGUUAUUAGUCGUAAUAUGUAUGCUUGCCUCACAGAUGAAGGUUCUUUGUUAUCAAAUAGCGUUUAGUUUGGGAAUUGCAUAUUAGUCCUAUGGGUUUUGAGAUGAUGUUCCUCAUUGUGAAACCAGUUUAUGAAAUGGAGCUUCGAACAGCGAAAGAGAGAAAUAAAUCCUCCUUUCAUUUCAAGAAAUGGGAUAAGCUCCUAACAUGCACAGGGACAUCAUAUCAAACUCCAAUAACUGCUAUAACUCCUGUAAAAAUCGUCAUAUAUCAUCAUCAUAUAAAAUCAUUAUAAUUAUUAGUAUUUUUUAUGGAACUUUAACACCAUAUGAGGCUACUUUAUCUCUGAAUAUGUAUUUGUAUAUUGGUUGUAAGUCUAUGGGAAUUUGUAAAACUGGCGGAACUGAAAAGAAAUAUGUGUGGGAGUGGGUGUGGGGUGGGCGUGUAGAUGAUGUAGAUGUGUGUAUUUUUGUUAAGUAGGCACUUGUGUUUACUGUUAACCUAUAUAGUUAGUAAAGCUGCCUGUAAAAAAAAAAUAAAGCAAAAAUUAAAAAAAAAACAGCUUUCAUCCUAGUUUUUGUAAAUAUCUCAAGAUCAAUCCCAUAAUUCCACUAAUUCAAAUUUUUGUGACGUCACAUCUAACUACUCCAUAUACCAUGAUGGCUGAGCCAAUCAAAACUCUAGAAUUAAAUUUUCCAAGUGAUACUUAUAAUUUAAGUCGACGUUAAGUUGUUUUUAGAGAUCACAUCAGUACUACUAUAAAAAGGUAAAAGCGCAUACAACUGAGGCCCAUACAGCCGAAACCUGGUUUCUGUAGCAUAAAGUAUAUAAAAGAGUCUUUAAAUUUUGUUCAAACACUAGAAGAAACUGGAUAAUUCUUAAUGUCCACCUUCUCAACCGACUCGCCUAACUUUCCUGUGUGCGUACUUGGUCUUCCCUCCUUCCCAAUGUUGACUCUCGCGUUGUCUGCAAAUGAGUAAUACCGACUUGAAUCAACAUUGGGGAAGGUGUAAGGUAUUAGGUAUUAUGACGAGUAUUGUAUGAAUAUCGCUACUUCCCCCUGGAUGGGAUGCUACAGUCUGUAGUCCAUCACAGAGGUAACCUCGAUGCAACAGUAGUGAAGUCUCUUGCUCAAGGCAAAAGUGUGAAUCCAGGGCUUGAACCUUGGCCCACAAUUGAGUAGUUCAAUGUUAGUUUUAACAUUAACACUGCUACUAUGGCGUUGCCCAGGCGGCACCAGACAAAUUUUCCACCUUUCGAAAUUUUGUGCAUAUAUGUGUUCCGCUACACGGGACCACCUAAAACAGGGAAAAAUGUAGACGCCUAGCCUUUCAAAGUUUUGUGUUAACAGAGCAGAAAUAUUGAACAGUUCCGUGUGAACGAAGUGUUCAUCCAAAUUCCCAAGUCAGCCGAGAUCACAUGUACUGUGAAUUAUAUAUCUUGGGUUAACAUUUGGUAUCUUUUAAUGUGGAUUGGCACAGACUUUAUUUAAAACUUAAAAGGUGGCUGAGAGACUUUGUCUCCUUGGAACGAUAAGAAAGUACGUAUCUACCGCUCUGUGUUAAAACUUGCAAAUGCACUUACCUACUCUCCCUAAUUUAUUGUGAUAUUACCUGUUAUAAUCAUAAUAAAACCAACCUUGUAAAGUCGUGGCAUUCUGUUCACCUCAUUCCUUUGAAGAGGAGAACGCAUAGACAGUUUAUUCCAUGUACGAUCUUGGUUCAUUGGUGCAUAGCUUCUUUACUGUUUGAAUGCUUACAAUAAAUCGCUUUUUGCCCUUCUUAUCCCUUGUUCCCACUGUCUACGCUUAAGUCAAAACCAGAACCCUUUCUAGCAUCUUUAAAAGUUUACAUUAUAAAUAAAUAAAUAAAAUAAAUAACGAUUUGCAGGUAGCACAUCCACAUAGUGGUUCUUCGUCUACCUGAUUCCUGGUCGAAUUGGAAUUUGGAAAUGUUGGUUUUUGAGGAGAGGGGAAAACCGGAGUACCCGGAGAAAAACCUCUCAGAGCAAGGGAGAGAACCAACAACAAACUCAACCCACAUAUGGCGUCGACGCCGGGAUUUGAACCCGGGUCACAUUGGUGGGAGGCGAGUGCUCUCACCACUGCGCCACCCUUGCUCCCCUAUUAUUGACCUUAGUAAAAAUGCUUCAUGCUGCAGUUAUUAGGUAAAGAGCAAAUGAUUUUGAAAAGGAACAGACUAACGCAUGGGGGAGUGUCACGAAAAUUAUUUAGUUAACAUUCAGUGAACGUUGAACUCUAAAACGUAUGAACUUCCACCAUUACGAUUGGUGAAUCCUUGCUGACGAGGCCGAAUGUACAAAUUAGGUUCAAAAGUUGAAAGAGCUGGUCAAUUUGAGUAGAUUGUACAAGUCUUAGCUCUUUGUAAUCAAUAACAAAGGAAAUAGCAGCAAUCGAAACCUGCGAUAUUGCUGGGUGGCAAAAACGUUAAUGAGGUCAUUUUCUCCGAGUUAAUUGGCCAGUUGUUUUCAAGGUCUGCCAUGAUAAACCGCCAAUGGCAGUGGAGCUCUAACCCAUUGCACAGCACAUAUGACUACUAAUUUUCUAAACGUACAAUAGUUCAAAAUAAUCUUAUCCCACUGAAACAUGCAAGAGAGGUAUUGUUCAAUAUAUAAUCUCGCGCCCCUCGUGAUAUAAAGCACUGUUGCCUCAAAAUGAAAUGCUUAACUGAUAAAGUCAGAUUGCUUUUAAAGAAAGUCGUGCUCAGUAUUAACUGGAUAUUUUAAUUGAUUCGUUUAACGAUAAAAUCUAAGGAUCCCCCUAAAAAUGGAGCAGAAAAACAGAUGAAAUGAGCACAAGCUGCUGUCUACAAUUAAAUACAUUUUAAGACGGAAAAAGUCAAUUCUUUCGCUACUCACGUAAUUACACUCUUGUUAUGGCUACUAUAGUACACAUGUUGUCUACUUGAAAUAAAUUAGGUGAGCUCCCCAAACCUUGCAUUGAUAAUCUGUUGGGUUUUGACAACACGUAGCUGGUAAUUAUUCAGUUAAUCAAUUAAUUUUAACAUAAGCUAGACAUAAGAAUCUAGGUUGCUCGAGGCGUAAUUACGCUACUUUCUUGCUUAGCAACCUCCCGCGUGUUUCUAUAACACGAUUUUUUAAUUAUUUAAAUCUAUUCAAAUAAAUAAGACGGUGCAUGAUUGAAUGUGCUUGACGCUGUCCUAUGUACGCCUCUAUGUCUAACCAUCAAAAAUUAGGUGCACAUUUAGUUAACUCCUGUACCUGCUAAAACUAGUCAAUAAAAAAAAGAAACUCUUGCAAUAUAUAGGUACUUUAGAGUCAGGUACAUUAUCAGGUCUAAGUAUCGUGUAAAUGAUGCGUGUUAAGCAAGCUGAAGUUAUAUUAAAAUUAUACAUGAAAAUGAAAGACGACACGUGCAGUAUCUUUCUAACAUGAACAGUCCUCAGUAGCACAAGAAGGUCGACGAAAUGGAUGUAACGACAUUAUUGAUGAUUUCACUCCUCCAUUUUCGGGUCGUCAAAGCUAAUGACCGGUGUAGAAAAUGCCAAACUUAUUCUCUUUAUAUCUGCGGAGAUGCCCUGGGAAACUCUGAGUUAGUUGGCCACGCUUUUCACGCGUUUGCCACGAUCAAACCAAUUCAGUGCUACUCGUGGUAUGUAGAUGACUGA